AUGCGUUCUUCUGCUCUUCUCUCUCUCCUCCCGGCUCUGGCUGCGGCCUCGCCCACCUUUGUGCUUGGCGAUGGCAGCACGUCUCUUACUACGGCUGGCAACGGUGGUGAGUCCUCGGGGUUCACCGUGAACCCGGGCACCGACUCCGCCAGCGCCGACACGCCCGACCCGAGCCAGAUCCAGGUUCAGAGCGUGAGCUUUUCGGGCAGCGGCUGUCCCCAGGGCUCGGUUUCGACGUCCAUCUCGACGGACCGCACCGUUGUCACAUUCGGUUUUGACAAGUUCCAAACCUUUAUUGGCCCCGGCUACGAUCUGGGUGACAAGACGAAGAACUGCCAGCUCCACCUGAACCUCAAGUACCCUGGAGGCUUCCAGUUUGCUGUGCUCGACAGCACGUACCACGGCUUCGCGCAGCUGGAUUCCGGCGUGACGGGCUCGUUCUACAGCACGUACUACUUCUCGCAGGACGCGAGCGCCACGACGACGACACAAACGUCCAUCUCCGGCGGCGGUGACUGGGAGGGUGGCCAGGUGUACACGAAGCACGACCAGAUCCCGACGGCGAGUGUGAUUUACGCACCGUGCGGCGCCAAUGGCAUCCUGAAUGUCAACAACCGCAUCGUGCUUGCAAGCACCGACAAGAAGGCGACCGGCCAGGUCACCGACGACGAUGCGACCGUCGCCUUCACGCACCAGUUGCACCUGGCGUGGCGCGCAUGCCGCAAGUAA